AUGCCGAUCCUUAACGCCUUACUCUUGGGAGCAAUUAUCGUAUCAAAUUUUCUAUUUGAUUUUGGUAUCAGCACCAGCAUCGGGAGAUUUUGUAAUAAUUUCGCUUUCGCUCGACUUGUAUUUAUUCUCCUAGCAGUUUUAGAGAUUAUCAUGUUAAUUCCAGAGAUCUUGAGGGCUCCCAUUACGGCAUCCAUAGUGAUGAUCGAGAUAUACGCUCAAACAAUCAAAAUUCACACAAUGAACACGAAGUCGCUUGCUGCCAUCGACAAAAAUGGACUUCCCUUGAUUCUGCAUGGUCCUGAGCGACAAAAACUUCAGUCGCUCCAGAAAUAUAGCCUCUUUGUUGCUAAGAUAGCGCUGGCAGAUUCUGCGAUUUUUUUGGGAACUAUCGGUGUCAUUAUUAUCGCUAGUGCCAUUCGAUUUGUAUCCGCGCUAUUAAAUGCUACUGGUACUUUGUAA